CGACGUCACCGCGCAUGCGCAGCAGCAGGAGGCGCCAUGGCGGGACGCGAGGAGGCCGAGCCGGGCGCCUCGAGCCCGAGCCGGAGUCCGAUCUGCGCCCAGGGGUUCAUAGGCGCCGCGGCGCUGUGGGUCGCGGCGACGUUGUUCGCACUGCCCGGGCCGAGCGCGGCCACCACGCACUGGGUCGUGACGGAGGACGGACGCAUUCAGCAGCAGGUGGAUUCCCAGUUGAACUUGAAGCACCCCCAUGAUCUCGUGUUGUUCAUGCGCCAGGAGGCGCGGCUGGAGGCCCUCAAGGAGCUCGAGCUGGUUCUUAUGGAGCAUAAAAUUCACAUCGAGGAGAAUGAAGACAAGGACACGCGCCUGGAGGAGCGGCACUAUGCCGAGGAGCCGGCCUGCACACAUGCCCGCGUCCCCCUCGGUGACCUGGAUCUCUAUCAUGGCACCUACAUCGCCCUUGAGACCAAGAACAUCCGGCCAGAAGAUCACAUAGAUGUAAAGCACAAGCCAAGUGGUGACUUACUGAGUCCGGACUGCAUGCGUAUCCUGGAGCUCGCCUACAGCAUACACGCGUUUCAGCACCUGCGGGGUGUGCAGGAGAGAGGAAAUCUGAGUGCUCCAUUGCUGUCCCCAGAGGAUCCUGUAUUCCAAGCAUUGCCGCUUCCCAUGGGGACCGGCAGCCUCGAUGAACUGGGGCAUCUGAUUCACCUGGCGUUGCAGCAGAACAAGACAUCCUGGGUGCUUUACAACAUGGCCUCUUACUACUGGCGUCUCAAGAACAGUCCCACGCAAGUGGCCGAGUGUGCUAUGAGAGCCCUGCACCUGUCCCCCAGGCCACACCAUGACGUGGCGCUGGUGAACCUUGCCAGCGUGCUGCACCGAGCCCACUACUCGGCUGAUGCCGCCGUGCUGCUGCAUGCUGCGCUACCCAUCUCCAGCGAUCCGGCCACAGUUCACUACACCCUGGGCAACGUCUAUGCCAUGCUGGGAGAGUACAACCACUCGGUGCUCUUCUACGAGCAGGCGCUCGUGCUGCGGCCCGAGCUGGAGGCUGCGGGGAGGAGGCGCCACGCUGUUCUUUGCCAGCAGGGACUUGAGCGCAAGCUGGAGGCUCAGCACAGGUCCCUGCAGCAGACGUUGAGUGAGCUGAAGGAGUACCAGCGGCAGCACGAGCAGUACGUGCACCUGCAGGAGCAAGUGGAGCGGCACAAAGUCCCGGCUGACCAACAGCUGCUUCACACGAUCCUGCACGAGGCUCAUCUAGCCCGCGACACUCACUCCGGUAACAGUCAGGUGUGUCGGUGGAGCCAGCAACAGAAGCUGCUGGUUUGUCAGUGGGAUCAGCCGGUGCGGUACACGAAAGGGGAGGGAGAAGAUGGCAUCGAGCGCGUGCAGUUUGGGGAAGAGGAGCCAGGAGCUGGCACCACAGCCCUGCCCAGCAGAGCAGAUUCUCUGUCUGGUGAGGGCCUCGUCUCUUCACGGCCCCACCACCACACAGGACCUCGAGCCAGGAGCCACCACAACCUGCCGGCCAGUGUACAGGGUUUCCUUUGGCCCCAGAGGAAGCAGUGUCUUCAUACUUUUCCCACAACUUCACCUGCUUCAGUUCCACCGAUAUUUUCUUUUCUUCUGGACACCAUGGGAAUGAACCUGACUCAGAUGUUGGAGGAUGUCAUGAACUCUCCUGAAAAGCCACGGUGUGCUAUGGCACACAGCACGCAAUCAGCGCAACCGGAAAUGCCUGGAGAGACUGCUCACAGAGCAUGCUGCCUCAAGCCGGAGCCCAGGCAUUUCCAGCCCGGCAGCUCAGAAACCUCCGUCACCCACGGCGGUAUAGCCACUGAGAGAAGAGAGCCGUUAAUUCAGCAGUGGUUGGCGAGACUGUCGAGAGCGAAAGAUAAUGUGACUCGGGCUUUGUCCCUCGCCAUUGACAAGUGCGUAGAGCCCCGGUGGGUCUUCCACGUGCUCGCUGGGCUGCACUGGCGUGGAGAGGGGAAGGCGGUACGAGCAGCCGCGUGCUUGCAGGCCGCAGUGCGUUUGGCUCCCCAGGGCGCGCGGCACGUGCCGCUUACGGACCACGCAGCCCUCGCGCUGCACCUGAGCCAGCUGACGGAAGCCGCCCUCCUUCUAAACCACUCGCUCAACCACACUGCCGACCAGGCCGCGGCUUUUCUGGUGCUGGGCAACGUGUUGCUGGAUGAUCGGAAGGCAAGUGGAGCGGUGGAAGCGUUUGACCGAGCACUGCAGCUGAACCAGCACUGUGACCUCUGCGGACAGGGCCUGCUCCGAGCCCGUUGCCUGCAGCUAUACCCAACCCUGUACAAGAUCACCACGCUGUCACGAACCGGGAAUUGCAGUGAGCAGCAAGAGGUCCCUGCAACACGCGGCACACGAGACAUAGGGGCGGCACUUCCUUCUUCCCUCGUUCAGCAUGGAAGGACAGAACAAGGUGCUGGAAGCCAAAAUGGCACAGGGGAGGAGGUCCACUUGAAGGAGGAGCAAAAGCCAGAAUCAGAGGAGGCGGAUGAGGUGGGGAAACUCAAAGAAGAUGAGCCAAAGCAAGAUCUUGAGGCCGAAAUGAUAUCUGACAAUUGGAAAACAAGCUUAGAUAUGCAGCCAAGUCAGAAAGAGAGGCUCUUCAAAGUGGAAGGGAAGGAGGGAAUAAACUCAGGGCCGGAACUCACUCGGAAGGAGACGCAAGGCUUGGAAGAAGAGGCAAAGUCCUCCACACUGGACUCGGCUGACGGAAGUACAGAGCAGCGCGGCACUGACGACUCCACGGUGGAGGAGCCGCGGUCGGCACUGGGCGACGUCUUGUCCACCGUGUGGUCAGAGAGCGGUUGGUUCGAGGGAGCGCUCGAGGUCAAAGGGCAGCGGGUGGACUUGCAGGGGCUACGCAUGGUUGCUGGCGACUCACAGGCCGGGCCCUGCUUUGGGGACUGUCGCGAUGGAGAUGAAGAUGAGUGGAUAACGGUGCAAGUAAAGCAGUCGCGGAAACAGAAGGAGGCCUGGGGAGACUUUGGUCUCAUUCCCAAGAGAGAGGGAAGUCCCAUGGAAGAGGCAGAGAGAGAGCAGUGGGUGUUUUCUCCAGCACAGAAGGAAUCUGAACCCCAGCUCAGUGGCCCCGUAAAAACCUCUGCACCUCCAGCUCUCCAGAAAGGACAUUGCAUCCCUCAGAAUGGUGAUAAAGGGCAUCCAAUCAGCAAAGAGCAGCAACCAGAAGCAGCCAAGAAGUUUGCGAACCUAGGCUGGCCCAGCACCAAGGAAUGCAUCCGAGUUCGACGUCUCAACCCCAACAUCCACCCUUCCACUUGGGUUCCCCUCACUCUCAAGAACAUCCGCGUGGCAGAACACAUCGACCUGACGUCGCCGCUGCAGGAGCCAUUCUCGGAGCCGGUGUGCAACCCGGCCCUGCCGGCCAGCAUGCACACGCUGGACCACCUGGCCGGCGUAGGCGCUCGCGGCUCCCUCAUGUACGGAGGAGAGAAGCGUCUGCGAGGGGAGCUGGAGAGACUGGCCAAGGCCUCACUAGGGGAACGACGCCUGGAGCACGUGGCCACCCGAAUCGCCAGAGCGAUGGAGAAGAAUGACACAUCAUGGGUGUUGGCCAACCUCGCUGCCCUCUACUGGAGGAUCCAAGGCCAGGGGCGACGCGCAAUUGAUUGCCUGAGACAUGGCCUGCACCACGCCCCUCACCACAUGAAGGACGUGGCUCUGGUUAGUCUCGCGAACGUGCUCCUACAGGCCAGGCUGGGGAAGGAGGCUCAGCUCGUGGCUGGCAUGGCAGUGCACAUCUCUCCCAGAAAUCCUACCGCACACUGCACGCUGGGCAAUGCCUACCUCGCCACGGAGGACAGACAAAAGGCCCUGCAGUGCUACGGGUCAGCACUGGCCCUACAGCCAGAAUACCCUACCGCCCUGGAGCGUCUGCGAGCCGUGCAAUGCAACAUCCUUGUCUAUGAAAACCAGUAGGCUUGUGACCUCACCUGGGAUGGGCACUUACCUAUGUUCUCACCUUUGCCCUCACCUAGUAUUGGAAUCAAAUGUGGAGAGUUUGAAACUGCACAACAUGGUGUCUUGGGUUUUUUUGUCAAAUUUGUGUCCAAAACAUAAAUCAGAUGUGUAUUAAUCGUAUGGUAAUUACAUUAGAAGAUGGAAUCCCUCUACACACUUGACACAUGCCCUGUAUGGACAGAUGUUGGCUGCACAUGCAACAGAGCGUGUGGUAAUCGAUCUCUGCGUGUCUUGACGUGGGUGAUCUGCAAUGCCUGUGGUGAGUCGAGGCAAAAUUCAAACCUCACGGGGGUGAUCGUUUUCAGUUUUUACUUGAGCAGAAAAUGGCCAAUUCUUAAAAAAAUAUUAAUUUAAUCUAAACGCCGUGAGGUUUAUGUUCUGUGUCAAUUAUAAACUAUCGUGAGGGUCACAAGAAUGCAGAUGGUUGCAUAUUUGACAACACUUGUGGGGAGCUUGGUGAAUCUCAAUAUUGAGAAUAUUUGUGGUACUCGGUGUCCUUCAGACCUUGUAUUUGUACCACGUGGAGAUUAAAUACUUUGACUAAUUCA